AUGGAUGAUACAUAUGGUAUGUCUGAGUAUACAUGCCUUGAUACUCUUGCUGAAUUCUGUGAAAUAACUGUUCAGCUUUACAAAGAGGAGUACAUCCGUCAACCAAAUCAAGUAGAUCUAGAGCGGCUUCUUCGCAAAGUUGAAGUUCGUGGCUUUCCGAGCAUGAUAGGGACACUAGAUUGCAUGCAUUGGCAGUGGAAGAAUUGUCCCACCGGAUGGAAAAGAGGUGGAAAAUCGAGAAAGCCAACAAUUAUGUUAGAGGCGGUUGUAUCAUUUGACAUAUGGAUAUGGCAUGCUUUCUUUGGAGUCCUAGGAUCCCAAAAUGAUAUUACAAUUCUUGGUCGUUCACCCCUUUUCAAUAACCUGACGAAGGGUAAAUCACCUAAACUUGACUACUACGUCAACGGUCGUCAACACAACAUGAGGUAUUACUUGGCAGAUGGCAUCUACCCAAAGUAG